AGAUCACAACUUCAAUUUGGUCAGUCAAGGCUGGUUUAAUUAAGAUCUCCAGUUUCUAUCAUGCAUCUAUUCCAGCCUCAGCAUUUCUCCAGAAACUUGAGGUUGAGCCUAUUAAUGGAGAAAAGUGGUAAAUUUACUCCUUAUAAGUGAAAGUCCCAAACACUGCAAAAACUGGAGUGUUAAAUUUAACACAUCCGGUGUUAUCAGAGGACUACACCAACACUGUUCACUUGUUUUAAAAAAUUUGGCGCUACUUGGUGCUACAUGCAAUACCCUCCAGUGCAUUGUACCACGUAUAGGUGUACUAAGUGACACCAGUGGUGUUAAAGUAACACCUUAGGGUGUGGUCAUCUGACAACACCAAAAACUGUUGAUUUUAACACCAGAGCGUUUACAGUGAAUAUGAAAUUCCAAAGGUUUUUCUGAAGUUGUUCGACGUAUGACGCCGUUAUCAAAGCACGUCUUUCAGACAAUUCAAAUGGAAACGCAUUUAUUCCUAAAAGUAGUUUUGAUUGUUGUUACUUUAUUUUUCAGCAGGUAAUUGUUUAGAGUGUUAAGAACGAACUUAACCUCAGAAUCAUGGGAGCGUUAACUUCCAAAAAAGGUUAGUGUGACCCUUACUUUAUGAACAAAAUUCGAAGAUAUUUCCGGCCUCUUGCUAUUUUAUGACACCGAGCCUUGUAAUCUUAACUUUCUAAGCAUGCUUGAUAGAAUAUGGAGUAUUUUGUCUCUUGUUUAAGGGACGAAAUCUCAACAAGGUUUGACCCUUUAUAAGAGUGAAAACAACCAGAACAAGAAGUCGCAUAGAGUGUUUGGGCAGAGGUUACUGAAUACCUUCAUUUCAUUGCUAGAAUGCUUCGAGAAAAACUCAGCCAGGGUUCAUAUUUUUGUUACUGAUUCUCAGGCAGUUAGAUGAUCUCUCGUCUAAGAAAGCAAUAUUUUGUAUCCCUGCGGCAGUGUGAAUUGUAGUGUAAAACACUCAUGUACAACUAAAAAAGAUGCGAGGUAUUUACGCGAACUCUGCAGGCUUCGUUGAUACUUUUCUGUUGGCAGGUAUCGGUGAUUCUGUUUUGCGAAAGGUUGCUGAGAAGCUAGGUUCUGAAUGGGAGAGGCUCGCGACUUCUCUUGGCUUAAGCGCUGCAGAGGUCUCCCGCAUCCAGAUGGAUAAGCCAGGACAAACAGAGAAUCAGAUCUUCAACAUGCUGGUCAGAUGGAGGCGCAAACAAUCCAUCGGCGUUGAUCAGGUGGACUCGUUAUGCAGAGCUCUGACAGAGAUUGGUAGAGACGACAUCGUCGCAGAACUGGCAGAAAUUGCCAGACCCAGGGGACCGUACUGCUUUGAAUAUCUCAAGCAACAGGUCAUCCAGUACUACCAGCAAACAGCAACAACUAUUCCAGCGCACCCUACCGUCGAGUCACGUCGUGUGGGUGUUGAAGACUUCUUUAUUCCUCUGUGUCUCAAAAAGGAGGUCUCAGGGAAAACUAAACAAGGGCCAUCUGUGUCAUUACCAGGUGGGAGGAGAUUUUUGGAUGAAGUGGAGACGGUUACCCUAGACUCCUUGGAAGAUUUGUUCAAUCCUAAGAUCGUAGGUAAAAUUAAUAAGAUUCUUCUUUUCGGCGGGGCCGGAAUGGGUAAAUCUACCCUUUUACUUCAAAUUGCUAACUCGUGCAUCAAUCUUCAUUCGGAAUCCCCUCUUGCAAGGUUCAAAUUGGUAAUAUGGAUAAAGCUGAGACAAAUGCAAAAAUCAAGCUGUGUACUGGAUGCAGUUUUUGAUCAAAUUCUAUCGAACAACACGAACCUGACAAAACACACAGUGAAGGAGUUCAUUGAUGACAACGAAUCACACAUUGCUUUCCUGCUGGAUGGCUUAGAUGAAAUUCCAUCUGAUGUUUUGCAUUCCAAGGAGGGUGUGUACAGGGUCGAAGAUAUCUUAAGCAACAGAUGUCUUAAAACAAGCUUUGUGCUGGUAACAACACGACCACACCUGGUUGACUAUGUACUCCAGGGUUACCCAAAUUACGCCCAGGUUCAAACAACAGGCUUUACAUCAGAAAACACGCACAGAUAUAUCAGAACGCAGUUUUCCAAUGACGAAGACGGAGAAACAUUAGUUCACCGCCUAGAGCGCAAUAGCUCACUAGAAAAAUUGUCGCAUGUGCCAAUUAUUUCCUUGAUGCUUUGUGUUGUGUGGAAAAAUACGAGGUCACUGCCACAUCAAAUGACAAAGUUGUACGCAGACUUUGUUAGUUGUCUUUUUUUCCGUCGCUCUGUCGAUAGGCAACUGAUGGAGAGAAUCAUCAACGGAAUAGGUCGUGUUGCAACGGAAGGACUAGUUAACCCUGGGGAGGAGGAAAGACUUAUUUUUGAUCGGAGUGAAUUCCAACAAUGUGGGACACUACUAGAUGAGGUUUUUCAAGUGGGUCUCCUCCAAAGUGAAACAUUCACUAGUGGUCUCAUAACAAACGUAUUGGUCACCUUUCUCCAUAAGUCUUUCCAGGAAUACUUCGCUGCAUGUUACAUGGUCAAGUUGCUUGAAGAUGGCGAAGAGAGUUUUGGUACCCGGUUAAAGCAGAUUACAGCAGAUAAUAAUAUAAGGAAUAUCUCCUUCGGUUUUGCUGCGGUAGAUCAAAGCAGGCUGCUGGUCUCAUCCUGGAUCAUAUACGCGAGAUGGAAGGAGACGAGAUGAAACUGCAGAGACUGGCUCGGCUGUUGUUGUUUGAGUCUGCUUCGGCAGAUCUCGCUGACAAACUAGUCCAACCGAAUCAGGUACAAUGUAAGAGUAACGAAGACCUGAAAUCGUUGACCUAUUACUUACAG